GUAAUUUCGUCGUAAACAAAAAAACACGGGCCUGGUAAAUUCGUCGUAAACGGAAAAACACGGGCCUGGUAAAUUCGUCGUAAAUGGAAAAACGCGGGCCUGGUAAAUUCGUCGUAAAUUUACGUCGAUUUUACGACGAAACCUAAUCUAUAUAAGGGGACGCCGAGAGCGAGGCUGCCUCGCUCAUUCCUCCCAAAUUCCUUUGCUCUCUCUAAGGUAAACUCUCUCUUCUCUCUCUUUUUUUUUUUUUUAAAUUAGUUUAGGUGAUUAGUUAGGUAACGGAAUUAGUUUAGGUGAUUAGUUAGGUAAUUAGUUUAGGUGAUUAGUUAGGUAACGGAAUAAUAUUUUUAUUAUGUCGUAACUGAUAAAAUUUAUUUUAAUUUUUUUUAGAUGGCUCCUAGAAGAAAAUCCAGAGCACCUAGUUAUAGAGAUUUGUUUGGCGACGAUGGUUCCGGUACAUCUUCUUCCGGUCCAUCAUCCUCCACCGCAGUUCCAGACUCUCAGCCUUCUCAGAGAGUUGCUUGGAGUCCUCCUCCACCGCAGAUGCCUCCACCGCAAAUGCCUCCACCGCAUAUGCCUCCACCUCCUCCUCCAGCGGCUGCACCUGAGCCUGUCCCAGAAGGUGCAGUUCAUCCGGAUUUGCGUGUGCCUUCAUAUGCUCCAUUCGCGAGAUAUACGGUAGAGGAUUUGCUUGCCCAGCCCGGACGAGAGGGUUUGGAUGUUCUAGACCCCGAUAGACCCCGAGGAACUUAUUGGUUUGGGGCUAAUAACCGUGUUGGCCGGAGCGUUUCGAAAACGAUUAAGGGUUACUACGACGGGGCAUAUCCGAACUGGAGCAAGACUCCAAAUCACGUUAAGAUCACGUGGUUUAAAAUGUUUGCGCAAAAGUGGCAUUGGUCUUUGGGAAUCACCGAGAUGGUGAAGGCGGAAUUCGUUGCAAAAGCAAAGAUCCGCCUCUGCAACACAGUCUCCGAUUGGAAGGACAAGUGGGAGCUCGACGGGUAUGAGGGAAAGCCCACUGAGCUCACGACGGAUGUGUGGGAUGGCCUCAUCGCCUAUUGGAAGCACCCGUCUUCGAUCAAAAAGGCUAAUUCGUGCUCGGCUUCUCGAAGAACGAAGGAUAAAGAUGGUAAUUUGCCCAUGCUUCACAGAACCGGCCAAAAACCACAUGCAGGCAUCCGUCUAGACGUUUUGGAGAAGACGGGAGUCUUACCAUCUCUGUCUGACCUAUUCAAGAUGACUCACGCCACAUCCGACGGAGUUUUUGUGGAUCCUGCAUCAGAGAAACUCGCUCAAGCAGUGGCUACUCGGAUUGAAGAACGGGAGACGCAACUAACUCAGGAGUCUCCCGAUGGAUUACCCGUCACAUUGUCCACCGAAGAAGCCGACCGAAUCUUCGAAGAGCUGGCUCCUAGAAAGAAGGGCCGAAUAGUCGGUAUAGGCUCCGUUAACCAAGUUGCAAGGGCAACUUCGUCAUACACUUCGAGACGGGAUGAAGAGACUUCUCAGAUGAAAGCUCGAAUGGAUAGCCAGCAGGUUCGUUUAGACUCUCUUGAGGAUUUGCUAGACGUGAUGGCCGUGGGAAACCCGGUUAUGCAGAGAAUGUUGAGUCAGAGACGAGCCGCUCUUGGGUUGCCAGUACGAGAUCUCCAAGAGUCCGAUCCAACCCGUCAACAGCCGAGCAACCCCACCGACUACUUCGAUGAUAUGUAGUUUUUUUAAUAUUUUCGGUUUGUAUUAUGAAUUUAAAUAUUAUGACUUUUAAAUGCUUUUUUAUAUAUGUUUUUUAUUUUCAUAUUUCGUUUUAAAAUUAAAAUUAUUUAAAAUUAAAAUUAUUUAAAAUUCUGAAUUUUAAAUAAAUUCAAAUUUAUAUAUAUAUUUGAGGUUAAAAACAAUAUUCAAAAUAUAUUAUAAAACGAAACGUCGAUGUAGGCUCGACGUAAACAUUUACAACUAAUUACCGUCGAAAUGAUUUACGAGUCUUUUACAUCGAAUAUUUUACGUGGUCUUUACAUCGAAAUUUUACGUGGAGUUUACAUCGAAACAUUUACGAGGGUGUUACAACGAAACAAUUUACGUGUGCUUUACAUCGAAUCCAUUACGUGGAGUUUACCACGAAAUUUUACGUGUCAUUUACGACGAAUAUCUGCCCUGCGCUUUACGAGGAAUAUAUUUCGUCGUAAACGUAACAAGUCAUUUACGACGAAUCGUCGGUUACGACGGGCGUUUUACGACGAAACGUGUUUCGAAGUUCAUUCGUCGUAAACGUAACAACUUGGGAUUCUCUUGUACAUAUAUAUCAUUCGACGAAUAUCUGCCCUGGUCUUCGUCUCUUAUCUCGUGUUCUCUUUCCUUCCUUUUUAUUUUUUCGCUUUUAAAUCAUUUCAGUUGCCACACGUGGCAUCCUCUGAUUUGUCAGAUUUGCUACGUUGAAAUAGACAACACGAAAUGGAAAAAUUCCAUCCAAAAGAAGAAAAAUUCGCCCAAAUCUUUAUCACUUUUUAAUUGACAACACGAAAUGCAUUCUUGAAUGUUAAAUUUGGCUUCAUCGAUCUAUCUCUUUGUUCCUCUGCCACCAAUAUAGCAUCCACUCCACUUAUAAUGAAAGAAAAUCUCCCUCUCGGUUAUAAAGAUAUGAAAUAACGAUAUUACAUCAUUCAUAUUAUAAAAUGCAGGUAAUUACUCUGUCCAAUGACUUAUGGAAAUUACGUAACAUCUACAUUUCUAAGGAUGCUUCUCAAAAGAAGGUUUUCAACAAUCAUUUUAUUCAUAAAUAAACAAUUGAAGAAAGAGCGAAUAAAUAGAUUGGAAGCUUGCGGUAAGGAGAAUGAAUUGGGAUGUUACCACAUUUCAGGUUUGAUCCAUGCAAAACUAAGUUAUUUUUCUAGUCAUUUUAUACGGAUAUGGACUACUACUUUUUGGUCCAUUUGAAUAUAUGAGACAGGGUCUAUCCUUGGGCUGCACCUCUCACUCGGAAAUUAGUAUGUGUUUUUAAUAGACUCGGAUUUAACUUUUUUUUUAGCAAAAAAAAAACAAAUAAAUAAUGUGUUAUGAUUACAUGGUUUAAUGUUGAGAUUCAGACUAAGGUUAGCGUAUUUAUUUAGGGAAACAUAUUCUUUGGUAUCUUAAAGUUAUUUAAGAAGCUAAUACGAAAUACAUAUACCAGAACCAGAGAUUGAUAUAUAUGUAAUUUUCCUACAAAAUAAAGUACAGGGUAUAUGAGAUUGAUUAAUGAAUACAUCUUACAAUUUACGGUUAAGAAAAAAGAAGAGAAGAGAAUAGUACUAUAUAUAUACACUAAUAAAUUAUAUUUUUCAAAAAAAGGAAGACUAAAAAUAUUUUAAAAUUUGUGUAAAUUAUUUAAGGGCAUGAUUGGUACUCUUGAUGAUAGAACAACAGUACUAAUCAGUAUAAACAGUAUGGUGCAGUAUGUUAUUGAAGUUAUAUAUAUAUAUAUAUAUAUAUAUAAUGAUUAAGAUAUAAAUUUUAAGUGAUUAACAAGGUUAAAAAUAUUAUAUAUAAACUUCUAAGAAAUAUUAUAUGAUUCUUCAUGCACAUUAUAUUUAUCAUAACAAUUAUUUUGUAAUUUAAUUAUGUUUUUAUUUUAUUUUACAGAAUUAAUAAAAAUCAACUAAUGUAAGUAAUUCUAAGAAUAUAAAAUUUAAUUUAUAUAUAAACAUAAUGAUUUCAUGCUAUGUAAUACAAUAAAUUCAUAUGAAACUAUUUUAGAAUAUUUAAAUAUAUUUUUUGAACGCUAAAAAUAUUUAAAUAUUUAACAAGUCAUUUUGUGCCAAAACAAAAUAAAUGACACAAAGGGAAUGAGCAUUUGAAAAAUAUUUGUAGUUUUCAAAUACUUUCCUAAAUACUUUAUAAAAAGUUAGCAAAAACAUACUACUUUUUAAAAAUCUUAGAGCAUCAGCGGUGAAAGAAACUACAUAAGUCUCUCAAAAAAUAAUUAUAUCAUUGUUUAAUUCUGAUAAUUAUUAAUUUUAAUUUUUAAUUUACAUAGCUAAUAGAGACAAGACAAGACCAGGGCCGUCUCAAUUAUUUUUUGGACCCGGUUCAAAAAUAUUAACGAUAUAUUUAAAUCAUAAUGAAAUAGCUUUAGAAAUUAAUAGUUCUAUUUAUAUAUGUUUAAUUUUUAAAAAAAAAUUAUAAACUCUAAGUUUUUAGACUAUAAUUUAUGUAUAUCUUGUUGAAAAUUUCUUUAAAAUUUUUAUUUUUAUAUUCGGAUCCUGUUCGACCGCUCCACAUGCACGUGCUAUUAGACGGCCCUGGACAAGACAAAUGGCAUUUGGAUAUCUGGGCCAAAGGACGUCGCUCACUUCUUUCUUUCAUAUUUCCUCUCUCUUUCAUCAUUUUUUUUUAAACUUUUUAAUUGGUCAGAGACUACCACUGCUGGUGCUCUUAUCAAUCAAGCCGUUGUUAGUGAGGGACUACGUAGCUUUGUUCGGAAAGGGGUCGUAGACCACCGUUGACCAUCGUACUCAUGAGUUUAAUGGAAAUAUAGGGUAAACUAUAAUUAAAACAAUAAUGUAUCUUUAUUUUUUUGGGGUCAGAAUGUACCUAUAUCAGCAUUUUUUUUUUAAUAAUUAAAAUAAAAUUAAAAGGAACCUAAUACUCAAAGUAAAAGUCAUCAUUCAUGAAGAGCAGUGUUUCUUUAGAAAACGUCCAAUAGUAAUAUCUAUAAAAUUGUAAGUUGACAAAUAAUUAAAGUAAAUAACAUGGUUAUAUUAAAUCACGAUAAAAAUGAACUAUAUAUAUAUUCUUCUUAUAUCAGAUAUUUUUAUAAUCAUUGGAUAUUUGUUAUAAUUAAAAAUAAUACCCGCGGCCGUCCGAAUAUUAAGGUGUCUAUAUUCCCUCUUUGUAAAACAUUUUAAAAUUAACGAAAAGUUGGUACUUCAGGUUUCAUUGGCUUCCACUUGUUCUGGAAUUUUAUCCUAGCCUAUGGCUAGUCUCUCUGUUUGUUUAUAGUUUUAUAGGCCACACUCAUAGAUUCACGACCCAUUGUUGAAAACAAAAUUAGAAACGCAUAAAACCCCCCCUAAUUAAAUACUGUCAACAAAUCCAUUGUUUGAACUAGUCUCAUACCUAUUGGAGUUUAUAGGACAAGAGAAUCCCAAGUACUAAAUAUUUUCAAGAAUACUGUUGACUAGAAUAAAGAGAAUUGAUAGAUUAACAUAUCACUAAUAGAUAAGCUAAUGUUAUAUUUUUAAAUAAUUACAAUCCUAAAGUAUUUUCAUUUUAAAUGUCCUAAAACAAGAGUCAACUAGCUAGCUAGGUAUCGAUCCAUAUGGCUGGAAACAAGUAAAACGCAUUAUAAACAGUACAGAAAUGGCGUUUUAAAAUGAUUGAGCGGUACUAAAAUAAUAUGUAUAGUUUUAAAUUAUUUAUGUUUGAUUCUGUUUGAAUAAUUUCUAUAUCCAGCCAUGCAAAACGAGAAAAGUGUGCCUAUGCGUCAAUUCCCAUUUUCUCACCUACCAUUAAAAAUGUAUAUAAAAUUAGUUAUGUGCCUAUGCGUCAAUUAGUUGAUAAAUAUAUCGUGGAAAUUAAGAUGUUGUUGAUGUUGAAUAAUUUGUAAUAGAAUUGAUAUUGAGUUGUAUUGCUUUGGUUUAUAGGUAGAGACAAAUUAAAACGCAUCCAUGUCUCGCCUUACGCCUUUCCCUUCUCUUCAUGUGUGGCGACGCGCUCUUUAUCUCUUCUACGCCCUAAAAGCUCUCUUGAUCAUGCAACUUUCUAUAUUACUUUUAUAUUCUAUAAUUUGUUUUUGGUUACCACGCUAAUAUUAUAAAAUCCUCAGAAAGGGAUCAACAUCGAGGCCUUUUUGUUUAAUUAAUCUUAAUUGUUUUUAUUCUGAUGAACGACGCUACGUAUAUGAAGCAUCUUCUGCACAUUCGUAGACAGAGAAAAAGAGAGACAAAAGGACCCAACAUGCACACAACAAGAUACGAGCUUUCGGUUGCUUUCCACUUUCGUGAUUCUUCUGUUGGGUAAGCUCUUGUUUUUACUGUUUUUUCUUUUAUUUAUUUUUUAUUUUAUUUUUUUGAAAAGUUUUUCUUUUAUUAUUGAUUACAUAGAAACUCAAAUUUAUCAUAUUGUUUGUGUUUUGUUUUCAAUUCAAAUGUAUUUCGAUUGUAUGUUUCAAAUAUUUUGCCUAAAAACUGUGUUCGAAGUUUUCAAAUAUUUUUAGUAAAAAAAGUUUGUAUUUUUGCUAAUAAUUGUUUUACUGCGAAUGAAGAUAUGAAUUAUGUAUUUAUAUAAGCUCUAUAUAUAUAUAAUAUAAUUUAGAAUAUUUCUUUUUUUGAAAAAGGGCUUAUAAUUUAUAAUAUUUUAACGGUUUAUAAUAUAUUUAGCAAAAUUCGUGUACAACAUGAAAGUUCUUUUGCAAACAAACAAAUAAAUAAUGUAAAACGAAUAAAUCAUCUUAAAUUGUAUGUAACAGCAUUUUGGUAAUUGUUGUGUUAGAUUGUUUGAGAAUAAAUUCCAUAAACAUUGAACUAUAUCGGUUCAGAACCAAGUGUGGCUGUUCCACCAUGAUGGUACGUAUAUCUAUAUGAAGGGGACUUAAUAAUAUAUAUACGGAGUGUAUAUUCCACAUAUAACAAAAUAAAACAAUACAAAUAGAUAAACAUGAAUCCAAA